AUGGCCUCUCAUCACGUCAUGAACCUCUCCAUGGACUACCUACCACCACGACGAUGUCGACGGGCAGAGUGGCCAAGGCCAUUGAGCAGGGAAGCCUACUUGAGCUGCGUGCUCGAAAGCCGGUACUUCAUCCUGGCCAUUGCGGUGCUGAGCAGCAAGCUUGACGCCAACCAUGGGCUUCAUCAUCCUCGCCACGUCCAUGGACAUUCACGCGGCGUACAGGGGGGAUCUGAAAAACGGUCCAGACGGAGCGCCGGGCCAAGAGACACGUCGCGCCGAAAACGAGACCUUAAGGCCCUCCGGAGCCUCCGAGCGCUGCUGGAUUUCCACGAGGCCGUCAACAUGGCGGAGUCGUGCGCCAUGGAGACCUGGCCUCGCCCCGGCAGCUGCCUCGGUGGCCAUGAGGGUUGCCGACCGGACCGACGGCUUCGGCAGUUUUAUCUUUUGCGUGAUGCAUGUUUCUUCUGGGACACGAUCCGCUCCCCGACGAGCAUGCUGGCGUGGAGGUUGCGCGAGGCCACUGCCCGCGUUAUCGAAGCCGAAGGGCUGCACUGCCGUGUGUCGCAGGACAAGGAAAACACCCCGAUGCUGCGGGCCUUCAUACUGCGGGCCUUCAUUCUGCGGUGGGCAGGCUUGCUGCUCGGCGGGUUUCCGAGCAAAGCUCGAGCGAGCGAGGGCUGA